GUGACGUCACGGGGAUGAGGCGGCUGCGCGGUCGCCAUGGAGGGCGAGGAGGAGGCUCCGCCACCGCUGUGGCUUCCCGUGGGCGCCGCGCUGCUCGUGGUCGCCCUUGCGGCUCUGGCUGCCAGGGUGAUGGCGCGGUGAGGGCAGCGACCGACCUCUGCUGGGGUGGCACUGGGGUCUCCCUGUCAUUCUCGAGCAUCAUUCAGGAGAUCUUGGCGCCUGGCCCGUUGUACCCGAGACGAGCAUGCAGCGGGUCUCCAGCGUGUUUGCCCUGGACAUAGCAGAUUCAAAUACGGCCUCCCUCGCAGGUGGCGUGACGCUGUCCGUGCACUGCCUGGUGCCGUGCGUCCUCACCUGCUACUGGGGCUGCGCGCUGGGCGCCGUGCACGCCGUGCUGCAGGGCCACGCGCGCCGCCUCCCAACGCUCCGCUCCCCGCAGCAGAUGGAGAUGGCGCUGGGAGGUGAUUACCUCCACAGGGAGCAAUUUGCAAUAUCAAAAGAUGAGAAGGUGCUGCAGAGAGUGGAGCUGCCUGACGCUCUGCGGGGGGGAGACCUGGGCGGCGUGCCCAGACUCCGCUACCCGCUCGUCGUGCUGCUCACCCACGCCGAGCACCGGCCACAACCGCGGGCUCCGGACAUGGUGGCCUUGCUGACAUGCGUGCACCUGCCAGACCCUGUACAUAGCGUGUCCUGCCGGGUGCUGCACCAGCUGUUGCUCACACACUCUGGGCUCUCGUAUGAUCUGAAAAGGCUGUUCAUGUCAACAGAUGCGCCCGAGGAUUCGCAAAGCGAUGAGGGCGUGACCUCACAGGUGUUGCCCGAGGUCAGGGCGGAGGGGCAAGUCGCUGCCCAGGACGAGGAGGACGGUGAUGGACGGGGAGGCGCAUGUCGAGACUGCGUGGUUUGCCAGAAUGCCAAAGUGAACCGGGUGCUCCUGCCUUGUCGGCACACGUGCUUGUGCGAUCACUGUGUGCAAUAUUUCAGGCAGUGCCCAAUGUGUAGACAAAUGAUACAGUUUUCCUUCCCUUUAAACCCUGAUUAAUAACAAGAGAUGUUCUGCUCAGUGGACCGGCAUCGAAAUCGUGAAAGAAAGAGGUGAAUGAGAGCAGGUACUUUUGGAAAGAUGAACGAUUUUAAUCAGUGCGUGAUAACCGUGGUGACGUACGGAUCAGAAACACAUUAACGAUAAAAUUGAAUAAAAAUUGAAAAGUCCCCCAAUAGGCCAGGAGAGAUGUAAGGUUACAAUUACAUUGAGGAACGAAGGUGGAAUGCGUGGAUUAGAGAACAGAGGUUAAUGACGUUGGUUAGCACGAUUGGCUACUAACAGUGCAAAAUAAGUUCAACAUACAUUGACACCGUGAAGAAAAGUGAGUGGAGGUGGGCUUGGCCAGAACACUCUGGGAGAACAGAUGAUGGCUCAUGGUCAAGAAUAAUAAUGGGGUUGCAACCAAUGAAAUGUGUCUAAGAGCAUGUCCACAGAGGAGAUGGGAGUAGUAAAAAGUAU